AUGCACUUUUCCAAGCUCGCUACCUUCUGCGGCCUCGCUAUUGCUGGGGUUCACGCUGCUCCCGGAGGAGGACACCCGGGUGGCCAUAAUCCUCCUCCGCCUCCUCCCCCUCCUCCUACCGUUAACAACAAUCAGCAAACUGUUCACUGCGGAUCUAGUAGCGACCCUUACUGCUGUAGUUCUGAAUAUCCAUGGGAUCCCAGCAAAUGCGUUGCUAUCGAUUCGAAUAAUGCAAUCUGUAGUCAAACCGUCGUCUGCUGCGAUGCAAGCACUGGUGGUAUCGCCGCUUGUCUGACCAACAUCAACCAGAAUGGUGGUGGUGGAAUCACUAUCAACUUCGGCUAA